CAAGGAAUUAUUGUCUUCUGUCUUCUGGUUUUCUUAUUAUUUAUUAUUUUCCGAAAUGAUUUCGAACGUUUCGACGUUUACAUGGAUUACUUUGGCAAUUCUGAUAGUAAUUAUUGCAAUUGCCCUCAAAUUGAAAAAUCGGUCAAAAAAGGAUACAUUCCUUAUUCUAGGGUUAGUAGAUUCUGGUAAAACAUCAUUAUUUAUUAAAUUGAGAGAUAGAAAACAAGUACAGACACACACAUCAAUGAAAGAAAAUGAAGGAUAUAUUAACCUUGAAGACAACGGUGAACCAUUAACAAAAGUUCCGAUACAUUUUGUUGACGUUCCAGGACACGAAAAAUUACGAUUUAAAUUUUCAGAUUUUACACCAAUUACAUGUGGAAUCAUAUUUCUUGUCGAUAGUUCAACAUGUGCAAAGAAUGUACGAUCAAUUGCAGAAUAUCUUUAUGAUAUAUUUUCAAAUAAGGAUGUCAUAAAACAUAAUAUACCUACCUUAAUUGCUUGUAAUAAAAAUGAUAUGAUUACAGCGUUGCCUCCUGAACGAAUUCAAACUAUGUUGGAAAAUGAAAUAAACCAACUUCGGAAUACACGUACUUCAGCUUUGGAUCAUCAAGAUUCUUCUGGAACAGAUUAUGUAGAAUUUUUAGGAUAUGAAAAUGAAAGAUUUAAAUUUGAACAUUUAGAAAAUGAAGUUAAUUUUGAAAAAUGUUCCGUAGAUAAAAAUGAAAUUACGGAAAUAAAAUCUUGGGUUGCUGAAAUUUAUGGAAGACUAUAAUAUAUACAUAAAGUGUAUGUUGAGGAUUCUAAGGAUAUUAAGCGUCCUUCUAAAUUUAGCAUUCAUGAACCUUUGCACCAAUAACAAUAAUAAACUGCUAGUAAAACUUUAAAAUGAAAAAUGAAACUUAUUUAAUAUGCUUAUAUUAAUCUGCAUCAUUAUUAGUUUUCUAACAAAAGAAAAUUAUAAUAAAAUUUUAUUAAUUAAUAUUCACUAAUU